AUGUCCACUACGACAGUUUCAACUUCCAUGUCGAGCUGCGCCCUGACUCCAGUCCAAGCCGGUCAUCUUCGUCAUUUCCACAACCUCGCAACGCAGACCUCCCCGCAUCCUUGGGCGUACAUGGGCUCCCAGGACCCGCAACAAGAAUGGUUGGAUGCGUAUCGAUACCAGGUUGCGAUCAUGUGCUACGCUCCUGGGGCAGCGCACUAUCACCGCCUACCUGGAGUGCGAGAGCCAAUGCAGGUGUUGAUCGAAGCUUUGGUAGAGCGGAUGACGAGGCGGGAGGUGUGGGGAUACUGGUACCUGACUAGUCAGAGCGGGGUCAAGGUGGAUCCCGAUUUAAAGCAACUCAGAAAACCUUGGGCCGACCCGGUCAAAGAAGAGAAUAUUAUGUAUUCAGGUCAUCUCCUGCUCAUGGUCUCCCUCCACUCCAUGCUCUUCGCUUCGAACAAAUACGACGACCCCACGGGGCUGACUUUCGUGCACGCUCCAAUCUUCUGGGGCCUAAGCACCAGCCCAGAGAAGUUCUCCUACAAGCGCAUGAGCCUGCAAAAGGUGGUUUGGGACGAGAUGGAGAAACACGGCUGGCUGGGGUGCCCGUGUGAGCCUAAUGCGAUCUUUGUUGUUUGUAACCAGUUCCCUUUGAUUGCCAUGCGAUACAACGACAUCCGCGAAGGCACGGACCUUGCUGAAGAGGCUAUCGCACACUACCGUUCGGCAUGGCCUCGUAAGAACGACAUGCUCGCUGUGCCCUCGGACGGUGUUGGGUUUUCCGCAUGGGCGGGGGCGUUCAUGCAUGCUUCGGACCCGGUAAGAUGUAGGGAGCUGUAUGCGACGCAGAGAAUGGGGUUCUUUACCCGCUUAGAGGGAGGCAGACUGGUUCUGAAUGAGCCUCCUGUCGCGGGGAUACCCACGCUCGGAUACGUCGCCCAAUGGCUGUCCGAGCUCGACACUCAGCGCCUGGACGCGCUACUCAAGCAUGUCGACGCGUCGUGUUCGCCCACUUGGGAGAAAGGCGGACUCUUCUACCCCUCGGCAUACGACAGCGACGUCAAGAUGGACCCCUUCACGGGCAACGCUGCCAUCGGCUACGCACACCUGAAUGUCGAGAACGGCCAGCGCCGGAUGUGGGAGGAGCCGUGGGAUGAUCGAAGAGUACGUGGGUACCCAGCUUUGGUGGGGAUUACGUUUGCGGACGGGGUGGAUUUCUUGAGGGGGUUGUGGGAUGAAAAGAGGAAUGCGUUUGUGUUGAGUUUGAGGAGCUGGUCGGGAGAGAAGAUCAUGAUCAACCCUUCCGUUAUCCAUCUUCCUACAGGCACAUACGGGAUGUACGUCGACGGAGAACUGAAGAAAGAGAUUACGUGUCAGAAUGGGGAGGGGAGGGUAGAUUUGGAAUUGACCGUCGACGCCAUGGGCUUGGACAUGGUCCUCUUGAUGGCGUGA